UUCAAAAAAGACCUAUUAAAUCAAACUGCAGUUAAGGAACAUUGAACACUGAGGGCGUAGAAGAAGACGGGAGAUGGCUGCAAAUGGAAGCAUCAACUCCACAAAAAGGCAGUUGAUAGUAUCAUCUCUCUGCAAACACUUUUCUUUAGACCCUACAAAAUUUGUGGGUGAUGCUAAGGAGAGUGAUAUUAAGACUUUGUACUCAAGCAUAUCGAAGUCAUCAGGAAAGGAUUCCUCUUCGGCACACCAUGAUGAGGUGAUGAAGUGGAUAGAAUUUGCAGAGAGUUUUCCUGCUGAUUCUAAGGCAUCCUUGGAUGUUCUUAGCAAGUUUAAUGAAGAGUUGACUUCAAAAUCCGUGCUUUUGGGAAAUGGAUUGAGACCCUCUGAAGCUGAAGUUGUCGUGUUUUCCACACUACAUUCUUUGGUGAUCGAUCUUCCAAAUGCAGACCAGGAAAAGUUGCCACAUGUUCUGAGAUGGAUGGAUUACAUUCAGAGCAAGGAAGUUUUUGGGGAAUUAUUUGAAAAAAUUGUUGUAGAGAAAGCUAGAUUUGAGCCUGUGGUGACUAAGGUUGAAGUAGAAUCAAAUGCUAAAAAGACUACACAAAGCUCAAAAAAUGCUGACAAGUCAGAAGCUGACUCAGAUACAAAGACCACAGAUGUGGGGAAAAAGGCUACGGGUGAUAAGGAUGCUACACAAGAAAAGAAAAAAUCAUCUGAAACUGAAGCUGCUGAGAAGGACAAAGAACUUAGUGUCAGUUUACUUAAUAUACAGGUUGGUCUAAUUCGCAAAGCAUGGAAGCAUCCAUCUGCUGAUAGUUUACUGGUUGAGGAGAUAGAUGUUGGAGAAGCUAAACUGCGGCAGGUGGUCAGUGGUUUGGCAAAGUAUUGCAAUCCAGAUGAGUUGACGAAUCGCCGUGUUGUGCUGAUAACUAAUGUGAAACCUGGAAAGCUACGAGAUGUGGUGUCGGAAGGAUUGGUGCUUUGUGCUUCAAAAGAAGAUCACACUGUUGUAGAGCCUUUACUACCUCCAGAAGGGGCCAAACCUGGGGAGCGUGUUUCAUUCUCUGGGAUUGAUGGAAAACCAGAGGACGUCCUAAACCCAAAAAAGAAGCAAUUGGAGAAGAUUACACCGCAUCUGUUCACUGAUGAGAAGUGUGUGGCCACAUUUAAGGGCAUACCAUUUAUGACAUCUGCCGGACCAUGCACAUCAUCCAUUCCUAAGGCAAGCAUCAAGUGAUGACGAUUAUCUGUUGGGCCACAACCAAAAACUAUAGCUCACCGAUCACAAGAUUUUGUUUUAGUUUCAAGCUUUACCUGUCAGUGGGUGGAAAGAUAAUGUUAUAAACAUGCUGUAAUUUUUUUGUCAUUUUCCAUUGACUUCAAAUGAGUUUGCAUGCUACUAUGUUAUAUGAAUAUAAUGAAAGAAAGUUUCUGAGUCAACUCCCCGGGAAUGGCUUAGAUUUGGAUUUUUUUCUUUCUAUGCAAUGCCGGUGCUUUCUUCUGCA